AUGACUGAUCCACUGAAAAAAGACGAGAAGUGGCCACCAAGCGUUUGUGGCAAAAUUCUACCUGAGGCGAAUCAGAUCGCAGUAGAGUUUCAACCAGAGCAAGAAGUAAAGGCAACGAACAACUGCUGCUCCUAGAGCCCUUAGAUAAGAAGAUUUUGAUGCUAAUGGAGGACAAUGACAUGACGGACGAGGAGGCAAUGGCGACAGAAGUGGAGAAAAGCUUCAUGUUGGAAAGACUACCAUUGCUAUGAUUGAGGAAUUAUGUAGAAAUGCGGCGGGGCAGUGGUGAACACAAAUGUACACAAGAACCCCGAUGUUGAAACUGUGCAACCAAACACCCCAGUAGAGUCGAUAGUUGAUUCCUCAACCCCAAGUCUACAGCCAGUACAUGCUCAUACGGUUAGAGCGAAACUUCCCAAGCUCGAGGUGAAGAAGUUUCACAGCAAAAUUAAAGACUGGCAAAAGUUCUGGUACGGCUUCGAAAGUGCGAUCCACCGCAAUGAAAGUUUAUUGAAUGUCAACAAAUUUAAUUACCUUAGAGCCCUGUUGACGGGACAGGCAAAAUCUGCGAUUGCGGGGUUUUCAUUAACAUCAGCGAACUGCAAGUCUGCAGUAAAAAUACAUUGAUUAAACGAACCCAUAUACAUGAAUUAUUGAAUGCACAACCGGUGUAUAGUGCGAGAGAUUGUGGGCGUUUACGAGUAUUAUUUGACAAGAUAGAAACACAUUAUUGUGGACUGGAAGCUCUUGGUGUGGACGAGGCAACCUAUUCUGACAUUGUUGUACCUGCUAUUCUGGAAAAGAUGCCUGAAGUUGUAUGUUUGACUAUAACUUGUGACAAACUUCACAGUGACUGGAGUGUGAACGAUGUAGUAACUGCCUUGGAGAAAGAAAUUGAACUAAGAGAGGAAUAUCAGACCAAUCGCCAAGAGAGGGGAAGGCUAGAGUAA